AUGAACGGCAAGAAUGCGGUGACAAAGGCUCAGAAUGAGACCCACAGACGCAUCUUGGCUGGUCUCCUUAAGCAGGACGACAACCGCCGAUGUGCAGAUUGCAACGCCCGGGGGCCAACCUGGGCCUCCGUCAAUCUGGGAUGCUUUAUAUGCUUGAAUUGCUCAGGCGUGCACCGAUCCCUGGGGGUGCAUUGCUCCAAAGUGCGCUCCACGACGCUGGACACCUGGCUGCCCGAGCAAGUCGCUUUUGCACAGAGCAUGGGCAACCGAAGGGCGAACCUUUACUGGGAGGCGAGGCUUUCCAGCGGAUUCAAGAGGCCAAGUGAGGGGGACAUGGUGGGCUUGAAGAGGUUUAUUGAGGAGAAGUACAGGUGA